UCAAUCUAACAAAAACAUAAAAGCAUUCAGUUUUCAAGCAGAAGUUUAGAGACAAUGGCUAUCAUCAAUUUCGAGGAUCAAACCACAUUGUACAAUUUCGUGGUCAAAGAAGGUAACGGCGUGAAAGGUAUGAUAGACUCGGGCCUCUCCAUUGUUCCAAAGCCCUUCGUCCAGCCUAUCUCUGAGAGAAUCCCGACCCAAAACGCCCUUACUUGUGAGGCUUCCCAGCCGAUCGAUCUUUCCCAUCUAAACGGCCCACACCACAAGGAGGUGGCCAAACAGAUCGUUGAAGCUGCUGAGACGCUUGGCUUCUUCCAGGUGGUGAACCAUGGUGUUUCAGUGGAGCUGCUCGAAUCGCUGAAAACGUCGGCUCAUGAGUUUUUCGCACAAGCUCCUGAGGAAAAAGCGAUAUACCUAAAAGAAGUGAGUCCAAGCAAGCUGGUUAAGUACGGAACGAGCUUCGUGCCAGAUAAGGAGAAGGCGAUUGAGUGGAAGGAUUAUGUGAGCAUGAUGUACACCAGUGACCAUGAGGCUCUUCAACACUGGCCUCAACCAUGCAGAGAUGUGGCACUUAAGUUCAUGAAGUCAUCCAUGGAAAUGGUGAAAAAUGUAGUCAACAUUCUGAUGGAAAAUGUAGGAGUGAAACUAGAAGAAGAGAGGAUGAAUGGUUUGAUGGGA